UCCACGUGACAUGGAAAACUUGCAACUGUUUCCGGAAUUCUGAUACUGUAUUGACACUUCAAAGACAUAUUCGUGAUGGUGUGGAAACAACAUGUCUCUCAGCUCGCGUUCUGCGAAGUCCAACUAGAGAACAGGUCCCAACCCGCAGUCCCCGUGGAGUCAAUAAAGGAAAUGCAGCAAAAGCUGAAAGAGGAGCGUGAGGCUAAGAGAGCUCAGCUGGAUGGCAGACAUGACUACGUCCUCAGCAUCGUGGCUUCCUGCCUGUGCCUGGAGAAGGCUGACGUGGAGGAUGCCAUUCUGGAGGGAACUCAGAUUGAACGCAUGGAGCAGUUCUUUGUGGCUGAGGGACUUCCUCAUAUCAUGUUCUACUAUCAGGAUGUGGAGCCAGCUGAAGCAGCAGCAGCAUCAGCAGCAGCAGCUGUCUUGGCCCCCAACCGGAGUAAGAAAGCCAAGGUGUUUGUCACUGAGGGCAAAGAUGUGGCUCUGACUGGUGUCUGUGUGUUCUUCACAAGAGCCAACCCCUCCAAGGCUAUCACCUCUGAGAAUGUGCACAGGCACACCUGA